CGCUAACUUGUGGUGCUGUAUCCUUCCAACCUUUUGAAGGUUUUUUUUUGUGUUGCAAACCUGGCUUAGGAGUUUCCCAGGAUUACACAUCAUUCUAUUGUUUACUUACUUCGUUCCGUCGGGCAAUUGCGUUCAUCUUCGUUUUUUCCAACAGCACCUGAAGGCAGCAGCAGAGGCUCAUCUGUUGGACACAGGGAAACUAAUCAGGAGCCAAGUAAAUACUUUUCAGGGCUGUUAGCUUCGAGGCUAGCAAAGCUUAUAAAGUCAGCCGCCCGGACGACCAAGACGUACAGACAUUACUUUGUGAAGUGAGCCGUCCCUUCAGCACAGCACACUCCGUCCACGACAUGUUUUAACAACGCCGUUUCGUUACGCUGAAAGUAGCGAAGCGGGACAAGCCCACGGCCGCUAGCUCGUUGACGUUAGCCGGGGGGGGGGGGGGAAACGAAGCCCAAGUGCAGGGGGAAAUGGAGCUGGACGGCGGAGUCCUCUACCAGGACGACUCGGGCGACGCCUCCGUGAUGUCCGAGCGGGUCUCGGGUCUGGCCGGCUCCAUUUACCGCGAGUUCGAGCGGCUGAUCGAGCGGUACGGCGAGGACGUGGUGAAGGAGCUGAUGCCGCUGGUCGUCGCCGUGCUGGAGAACCUGGACUCGGUGUUCGCCGUCAACCAGGAGCACGAAGUGGAGCUGGAGCUGCUGAGGGAGGACAACGAGCAGCUCGUCACCCAGUACGAGCGGGAGAAGGCGCUGAGGAAGCACACGGAGGAGAGGUACAUCGCCUUGGAGGACUCCCAGGACGGCGAGAAGAAGGACCUCCAGAGUCGACUGGUGAUGCUGGAGUCGCAGACGCGUCAGCUAGAGCUGAAAACUAAAAACUAUGCAGAUCAGAUUGUCAGGUUGGACGAGAGAGAAGCGGAUAUCAAGAAGGAGUACAACAGCCUUCAUCAGAGACACACUGAGAUGAUCCACAGCUACAUGGAGCACCUGGAGCGGAGUAAACACCAGCACGCCGUCACAGCAGCAGAGUCUUCGGAGGCCGGCGCACCGGCCAGAACACGAAAGGAGCGUCCCAUCUCCAUGGGGAUAUUCCAGCUUCCUGGGACGGAUGGUAUGACCUCUGACCUCCAGAAGGAACCUGUGGACACCCCUUCUGAGCCGUGGAGAUUCAACAACCUCAGCCACCCGCGGUCCAACACAAGCCUCAAGGAUGAAUUAUCCGGUUCCACCCGCGGAGGCUCCAAGUCCAGUACUCCGACCAGCCACGGAAGUGUCUCCAAAAGUGGAACUCCCGUGUCCUCACAAGGUGGAGCCUCCAAACCCAACACCUGCAUGUCCUCUCAGGGUGGUACCUCUCAGUCAAACACCCCCACGUCUACAAACAGUGCUAGCUCACAGUCCACCACGCCGCUGUCUCCUCACCGCGGAGCGUCCGCGGGGAGGAGUCCGCCGUCCAUCGUGGCCGGAGGGCCCGGCUCUUCCGCUGCUGCCUUGGAGUGCUCCUCUUCUGCGGUCUCCGUGGCAACAUUGGACGAGCUCAACGAGAAGCUGGACGGGAGCGGGGGAAAGCCGGGGGGCAGUAAAAACAUCCCGACAGUGCAAGAGGGACAGCGCAGUCAUCAGGACUCUACUUUUACACUCCCGAAAGAUGGAGCAGACCACCGGGAGAAGUCUGAGGUGCAGGCCAUCAUCGAGUCCACCCCUGAGCUGGAUAUGGACCUCGAUGGCUUUAGAGGAGCAAGCACGCCGACUAAAGGCGGCAUAGAAAACCUGGCGUUCGACCGCAACACCGACUCUCUGUUUGCAGAGCUGUCGUCUGCAGGCAACGACCUGAUAGGAGACAUGGACGAAGGAGCCGACAUGCUGGGUAUGGGUCGGGAAGUCGAACAUCUCAUCCACGAGAACGCCCAGCUGCUGGAGACCAAAAACGCUUUGAACGUGGUGAAAAAUGACCUCAUCGCCCAAAUGGAUGAGCUGUCUUGUGAGAAGGAGGCGCUGCGAGGUGAGCUGAAUGCUGUCACUCAGGCCAAGUCCAGACUGGAGGACAAGAACAAAGACUUGGAGGACGAACUGAAGAAGAUUCGAGCAGAGCUUGAGGACGCCAAACAGAAGGUCAAGAAUGACAACGAGGAUGACAGCGACGUGCCCACAGCACAGAGGAAGCGCUUCACCAGGGUGGAGAUGGCCAGGGUCCUGAUGGAGAGGAACCAGUACAAGGAGAGGCUGAUGGAGCUGCAGGAGGCGGUCAGAUGGACAGAGAUGAUCCGGGCUUCAAAGGAGAACCCAGGUCUUCCAGAGAAGAAGAAAUCCAGCCUUUGGCAGUUUUUCAGCCGUUUGUUUAGCUCGUCGGGCGGGGCGGCCAAGAAGCCGGCGUUGGAGGCCCCGGUGAACGUCAAGUACAAUGCGCCCACCUCCCAGGUCCAGCCGUCAGUCAAGAAGAGGAGCACCACCCUGCAGCAGCUGCCCAGUGACAAGAGCAAAGCCUUUGAUUUCCUCAACGAGGAAGUGGCAGCCGAUGGCGUGGUGUCCAGGCGGGAGCAGAAGAGGGCCCAGUACAAGCAGGUCAAGGCCCACGUCCAGAAGGAGGACGGCAGAGUGCAGGCUUACGGCUGGAGUCUGCCCAAGAAACACAAAGCUAACGGCAGUCAGACGGAGAGCAAGGUGAAGAAUCUACCUGUUCCCGUCUUCCUCAGACCCCUGGAUGAGAAAGAUGCUUCUAUGAAGCUGUGGUGUGCUGCGGGUGUGAACCUCUCCGGAGGUAAAACCAGAGACGGAGGUUCCAUCGUAGGGGCCAGCGUGUUCUACAGUGACGUGCCUGGACCAGAGAGCCCGACAAAGAAAAUGGGAUCUCAGACCAGCCUGGAUAAACUGGAUCGGGACCUCAAGGAGCAGCAGAAGGAGCUGCGGCAGCACGACGAGUUGUCGUCGCUGGUUUGGAUCUGCACGAGCACCGAGUCAACCACCACAGCCGUCGUCAUCGACGCCAACCAGGCUGGAAACAUCCUGGAGAGCUUCUUUGUGUGCAAAUCCCACGUGCUGUGCAUCGCCAGUGUUCCAGGUGCUAGAGAGACGGACUACCCGGCUGGCGAGGAAGUGGCCCCGAGCAGCGAGACGGGACCGGCGCGGGACGGCGGCUCGCCGGCGGGCGACGACGGCUCGCCGCGUGGGGAGGGCGUGCUGGGAGGCAUCACCGUUGUGGGCUGCGAAGCUGAGGGAGCAGCAGCUGUUCCUCAGACCGCAGGAGAAGACGGAGAAAGUGAAUCCCGGCCGGCAGAAGAAGCCACAGAGGCGACCGAGGCCAGCGCCGGGCCUGCCGACCAAAAAGAGAGCCUGAGGGGAGCCUACACCGAGCACGUCUUCACCGAUCCACUGAGAGCUCAGCCGACAGCAGAGGCUCCGGCCAACUACUCUCAGAGGGAGUGCGAUCUGUUGAAAGACGGCGUGAGUUCGAACCCCAACGCGGAGGAGGAGGAGGAGGAGGACCUGAUGAGGGAAGAGGCUCAGAAGAUGAGCAGUGUGCUGCCCACCAUGUGGCUGGGAGCACAAAACGGAUGUGUGUACGUCCACUCCUCCGUGGCCCAAUGGAGGAAGUGUCUCCACUCGAUAAAGCUGAAGGACUCUGUGCUCGGUAUAGUGCAUGUGAAAGGCCGUGUCCUGGUGGGUCUCUCUGAUGGCACUUUAGCCAUUUUCCACAGAGGAGUAGACGGAGAGUGGGAUCUGACCAACUACCAUCUGUUAGACUUGGGCCGGCCACACCACUCCAUCCGCUGCAUGACUGUAGUACACGACAAAGUGUGGUGUGGCUACAGGAACAAGAUCUACGUGGUGCAGCCCAAAGCCAUGAAGAUAGAGAAGUCCUUCGACGCCCACCCCCGUAAGGAAAGCCAGGUCCGACAGCUGGCCUGGGACGGGGACGGCAUCUGGGUGUCGAUCCGACUGGACUCCACCCUCAGGCUUUUCCACGCUCACACCUUCCAGCACCUUCAGGACGUGGACAUCGAGCCCUACGUCAGCAAGAUGCUGGGUACGGGGAAACUGGGUUUCUCAUUUGUGAGGAUCACAGCGCUCAUGGUGUCAAGCAACCGCCUGUGGAUCGGCACGGGAAACGGAGUCAUCAUCUCCAUCCCCUUAACGGAAACGGCGAACAAAGUAACCAAGGCAGCGGCGAGCAACCAUCCAGGAAGCGUGGUUCGUGUCUAUGGCGACGACAGCAGUGACAAAGUGACUGCCGGGACAUUUGUUCCGUACUGCUCCAUGGCUCACGCUCAGCUCUGUUUCCAUGGUCACAGAGAUGCUGUCAAGUUCUUCACCGCCGUCCCGGGUCACGCAGUUCCCUCUGCGUCGUGCAGAGUGGAGGCGGCCGGCGACAGGACGACAGACGCCGCAACUCAGGACGGAACCAAGUCCAUGCUGGUGAUGAGUGGAGGAGAAGGCUACAUCGACUUCAGGAUGGGUGACGAGGAUGCGGAGGAGAGCGAGCAGCCCCCCUUGAAGCUGCAGCCCCUUGCGGCUAAAGCCGAGCGCAGCCACCUCAUCGUCUGGCAGGUCCUGGCCAGCGAGGACUGAACUGACCCCGGGACCCACUGAGGUCCUGAUUUUCCUUUUUCUCUUGAACUCGCCGUCAUGGACGGAGGAGCUCAGGUGGACGAGUCCCCUCUACAAGCAGAGUAUAAUCAGCACUUUCUUUCUUCCUGAACAUUUAGAGUGAAACAAGCAGAAACUGGACUGCAUCAGUGCAAAGAAAAUUAAUUUCUUAUUUGUAUCUUUAGAAUAUACACAUUUUAUGAAUUUCAAUUAUUUUAAUCUGUUAUAAUGCCUCUUUAUCUUUUAUUAUUUGAGGUAAAGCUGUUAUUGGAGACAGAAUUCUUUGUUAUGUUUGAUCACCAAAUCCAAUGAAUUUUCCUCCAGCUUCCCUUCACUCAUUUCCGGGGUUUUAUACUCAUGUCGGACUCGGCGUCACACUAAAUCAGAAUAAUCAUGCGGCAGCUCCCCUGUUGCCAUGUAAGACUGGCAUUUAUUGUGGGAGCAAUUUGGUUAUUCAUCCUUUAAGGACUUGGCUUUUGAUUGUACAAAGUUAAUGGAAAUAGUCAGUCAAACGCAAUACAUCAGCUUCAUCUGGUCAGCAUGUGUCUUAACAGAAUGUGGCCCUGGAUCUAUCUUAAUAUUCAAGAUACAAGUCCCAGGACAUGCCUCCCAUGCAAGCUUUACCAUUAGGGUUUCAGUCACAGGGAAAAGCAAUAUUCUUAAAAUAUGUCCUGCAGCCUUCUUCCAAGAUGUGAUUCACCAUGUGGCUGCACAAACAAUGCCAUCCAUAUUCGCCUCGGCUGUGCUUCGUGCUUAAUGCUAAUUGGCAAAAGUUAGCAUGCUAAGGCCAGCGCUGACGUCGUUGUUAAGCUUUAGCAGGGCCUCAGAGCCGCUAGCGUGUGUCUGUCACUCUUUUUAAGUAAAUCCGGCUCUGUGACUCUAAUGUUCUGAUGAUACAUCACGAACCGGGAGCCCGAAUAGCUCUGUGACAAAAUCCAAUUCACAUUAAUAACGGAACGGAAAGCGGCUGCUCCUGCCAGCGCACGCUGGUCAGCCCGGCCUCCGUUGAAGGUGGUGGUUGUUGUUGUUGUUGUUGUUGUUGUUAUUAUGCAGCAGGACGUGUCUUUAAUCCAACAUGAUAGGAGGAUGCUGUCGACACACUGCUCUCAAUCUACAACCCAGCUAGUAGACACUUUAGAAGAAACUAAAACAAAGUUAUCGAGGCUUGAAAAGACUCGAUUUACUCUGCUUUUCAGGUGUGACAAAGUAUUUAUUUUUCCUUCAAAGAAUGUUGCUGCGCUUGCUACCAAAGUAUAAAGACUUAAAGAUAGCUAGUUUUUCACAGGCUGAAGGAAGUGUCACGUAAAGUAGAGCAGCAUGUUUGAGUCUGCCUCCGUGAGUAUGAAACGUGUUUUCACAAAAUCACGUUUUAUAGUUGAGAUAUAUUUUUAGACUUUCAUAUUUGGGAAUUGAUGCAUUUUCAGCAGAGAGCAGAUUGUGCUGAACCGGUGUCACGUUAACGGUCACAAUUUGAACGUGAUGUUUUCUGCCCCCUCCUUUAAGCAAAGAUGUUUAUCUGAGGUUAAUGCGUUUAUCCUGAUGGCAGAAUAAUGUUUUUAGGCAAGAGGUUCACUCUGGUGUAAAAUGAAACUGUAAUUCUGGCACGCUCUUUGUUUGCCCCCCCCCCUUUGUAUUGUAGAGAGGAGUGAAACGUUAUUGCAGAUUAGCCAUUUCAGUAUUUAUUUACAAUGAUUGAGCCUUUGCAAUUCCGAAUGUAUCUUUGUAAAUGGAAUAUAUAUAUAUGAUUACAUAUGUAUGUAACAUGAAAUGGCUUUGGUUUACUGUUUUGAUAUGGUAUGAAUUUGUUCAGCGGCGGGGUUCCCUCAGGUCUGCACUGUCUGUAAGGAGGUGGGGGUUGUUUGCUACUGGGAUCCGUUUUGGGGGCGAACGCGGCCGCCUUCGUCCACAGGUCUGUCCGCCCUCUCACCUGCAUCUUCAACUUGGGAGGGACGUCCUCUCUUCCAUGUGAUGCGGCACCCAUCCGCGCCAUCUUGUUCUUCUCUGGCCUUAAAUGUUUUUUUUCUAAUGGUCAAAUUAAAGCUUUUUUUUUUGUGGGCAAAGCUUC